AAAAGGCGGGGGGAGAGGAUCAGUGUUCCUGUAUCUGCUGCCAUUCUGCAUUGUGUAGGUUUUGACAGAAAAUACAGGCAACCAUGGACACCUCACGUAACCGAACUCCAACGAGAAGACAUUUGCAAGCAGAAACAGCAGCAGCCAGUACUAAUGAUCAACUCUCUACCCCGAUGGCUCGGCUGAAUUACUCAUCGGGAAGCAUCAUCAUAGAGGAGCAGAGGGCUCGGUGGGAAAGAAAGAGGAUUCGAGCUGCUAAAGAACUGGUAGAGACUGAACAGAGGUACUCCGAACAACUGGAGCUCAUUGUUGUGUACUUUAUAGAGAUUUUAAAAGCCAAGGGAACCCUUCAACAAGACACAAGAGAUGCCAUAUUUUGCACCAUGCAAUCCAUCCACUCUCAAAACAGGACAUUGCUAUAUUAUCUGGAAAAAGGAAAGUUUGGGAUGGGCUUUGAAUACUUCUGUCCUCACCUGCAACUUUACUCCACUUACGCUGACAACAUGGAGAAUGCCGUCAAGGUCUUGCAGGAGCAAGUUAAGAAAAAUAAAAGCUUUGCGAGAUUCAAGAAACUUCAAGAAUCCAGACCUGAAUUCCUUGGUUUAAAAUUGGAGGAAUUACUUCCUCUACCUCUGUGGCGCAUCCAACAAUACAAACAUUUUCUGCGGGAUCUAACAGAAAAUACCAGCCCGGAUAAUCCUGAGUUUGUACAGCUUUCAAAGGCAGCACAAGCAGUCUCGGAUAUUUCUCAGUACAUUAAAGAUCUUGAGAGGAGCCGUGAGAAUUACCUGCAGAUGGUAAGAGUGCAGAAGUUGUUGAAAGGACAGAGGACCAAGGUGUUGACUCCAGGAAGGAAAUACAUUCGAGAGGGUUGGCUAUCUAUGGUGCCGGAUAAGGGAGAAGAUUUGAAACCAAAGAUGUUUUUCCUUUUCUCGGAUAUUCUCCUGUUGGCCAAACCAUGUCAUCCACUCCACCUCGUACAUUCCGACAAGUUUGCUUGCCAAAGAAUCUACCCUUUGAUAGAAUGCACUGUUGAUAAAGUCUUUGGACACACGAAGGGCGAUGGAGGCCUUCUGAGUCUCACCUUUCCGGGGGAGAAGUUUCUGGUGAUGUCAAAUGACCAGGAGGAUAUUAACGACUGGUAUCGGUGUAUGUCAACUGCCAUUGGGCAAUUAAAAACCCGAAAAACGAUCAUACUGAGAAAGGAUAACCUUGCGAGAAGGCCUCUGCGGUCUGUAGAAACAGCAAUACCAGUGAAAGACUGUUCGACAAUACCUCAGAGUGCAAGGAAACGAAACCUGAAUGAGCUGAGGCGCAGGGAGCAAGAUUCACUCACAGACGCCCAACUCUACCGCCACGAGGAUGAUAGUGUUGCAUCAAAGCGAGUCAGACUGAUGCAAAGUCCCACUGAGAGGUAUGAAAAUGAAGAUGAAUGUCCCAGCACAGAGCAAUCGAGCGGCAGCAAAUGUACCAUUUUGUAAAAGUCCCGAAGUUCGUGAACAAAUAGAUUCCGUUUCCCAGAUGAAGUGUUUUGCUAUAUAUUUACAGAUUUACAGAUGCCUUUCAUACGAUUUUUAUAUGAUUCAAUAAAAACAAGCUAUUUUUGAAUACCGUACAUUUAAGGAUCAAAAAUGUCACAUUGUCUUAGACCUCAGAUGUGUUUUGUAGUUUAGACCAUCAUAAAAUGUUCCUUUCAAAUCUGAUGUUCCAGCAGGUUUUAGUACUGAAACUGUAUCUGAUACUUAGCAGUGGUUUGCAAUAUGAGGCACCAUUCAUUCAGCGCCAAGUGAAGUUAGUUUUAUUAUUGGUUGAUUAUUAUUGGAUGUGUUGCCUCCAAUAACAAAAGCUGUGUUCUGUUGAAGUGAAA